AUGAUUAUCAAUGAAACAAUCUAAAUAGAUUGUAUUUGCAAGAACGAUAAAGUUGAAUUUAUUUGCUUUCAUUAAUGGUGUAAAGGACACAGAUUAAACUGUUUUAAUUGCAUGAAAAAUUCAGAACAUGCAUUUCAUCGAUAGGAUCUGAUAAAGAUCUCUGAAUUAGAAAAUAGAAUAGAAAACAACAAUUUUAACAUCGAAAACUUUUUAAAUUUACUUCAAAAAGAUUUUAAAUCUAUUUAGAAAUUCUUUUCAUUAUUAUUGAAAGGAAUAAGGGAGAAAUUUUAUUUAACAAAAGAUAAACUUUUUUAAUUGCAAAGUGAAUAAAUUAAUCAAUUCAUCACAACAAAUUUUGAAUUUUAAGACUUUAAAAAUACCAUGAACUUAAAUUUUAACUAAAUAUUUCAUAAUCUAAAUGAAUAAUUUAUGCAAUUUUAUUAAGAAUUAAAUUUAUAAACUUUAAAUUAUUAUGAAUUAAAUAAUAUGGAUAAAGAAAUCUCAAUGAAAUAUUAUCGGCAAGGUUAUUUUUUUCAUAAUAUAAGGAUAUAAUUUAUAUUUAGAAAAAAAUUGCUACAAUUAGGCGAUAAAAAUUCUAGAUAAAUCAUUAGGUUUCAAUCCAUAGAAUUAUAUGUCUCUAUGGUGCAAAGGUAUAAAUUAUUGGAAUGUUAGGAGCUUCUCUAAAAAUGUAAGGUAAUUAUAAAGAUGCUUUACUUUUAUUUGAAAAAGCAUUAUCUAUAAACCCUAAUCAUGUGAAUUCUUUAUCUGAUAAAGGUAACAAUUAAUAUUGAUUUAGGUCAAUGUCUAAAAAUGUAAGGAUAAUAUAUUUAAGCUAUUAAUUUUUUUGAUUAAGCAUUAUAAGUUGAUUAAUAUCAUGUUAAUUCUUGGUGUAAUAAAGGUAUCUAUCUUUGUAUAAAAAAUAAGGGGAAUGUUUAAGAUUAGAAAAUUAAUAAAUAGAUGCUUUAGAUUGCUUUAAUUAAGCAUUGAAACUUGACCCUGAAUAAGUGUUAUCAAUCUCUUCAAAAGGUUCUUUAAAAAUAAUUAUUCAGGUUAAUGCUUACGUUUACUAGGAAAGUUUGAGGAAGCAAUUUUUUGGCUAGAUUAAGCUUUAUUAUUAGAUUCUAAGGAUGUACCAUCUUUAUUGGAAAAAGGUAUUUAUAUAAACAAUUAAUAAGGAUAUUGCUUAAAAGAACUUAAAUAGUAUUAAGAAGCAAUAAUAUGUCUGGAUUAGGCUUUAUUGAUUGAUCCUAUGAAUGUGAAUUCAUUAUGCGUAAAAGGUAAAUCAAAAUUAUAAAAAGGCGAAUGUCUUCAUUUACUUAGUUAAAAUAAAGAGGCUUUACAAUAUCUAAAAGAAGCUAUCAAUAUUGAUUCAAAACAUAAUUAGACAAUAAUAAAUAUGGGUAUUAGGAGAUAUCAUUAUCUGUAGGUAAAUGCUUAAUGGAAAUAAACUUAUAUAAAGAAGCCCUGCAUUGGAUAAAUAAAGCAUUUCAAUAAAAAAAAUUAUAGAAUUUAGAUUUAUUUAUUUUAAAAGGUAUAUUUCGAAUAAUUAAGGUAAAUGUUUAAGACUAUAAAAUGAAUAUAAUGAGGCAAUCAAAGUUAUUGAUAAGGCCAUAUAAAUGGAUUCUCAAAACGCUGAAUCAUAUUCAGAAAAAGGUAUUUAGUAUUUAAUAAAUAUUAGGGUAAUGUUUACGAUUACUUGGAAAAGUAAAUGAUGCACUUAUUUAAAUUGAUAAGGCUUUAUUAAUCAAUUCUAAACAUUUGAACUCUUUAUAUACUAAAGGUUAUAAUUAAUGCAAUAUUUAGGAUAAUGUUUAAAGGAGCUUAGAAAAUAUGCAGAAGCGCUGGAAUAUUUAGAUAAAGCAUUACAAAUAUAACCAAACCAUUUAAUUUCCCUCUCUGAAAAAGGUUAUAAAUAAUUAUUAAUUUAUUAGCUUAGUGCUUAAGACAUCUUGAGGAUUUUAAUGAAGCAAUAAUUUGGAUAAAUAAAGCUUUAGAUAUAGAUGGUAAUCAUGUCAUCUCAUUAUCUGAAAAAGGUUCUACAAACUUUUAAUUUAAUUUAGGAUAAUGUUUAAGGUUACUAGGCAAUUAUGAAGAAGCAAUUAAAUGGCAUUAGAAAGCUUUAAAAAUAGAUGAUCAAUAAAUUGUAUCAUUAUCAGAUUAAGGCAUCUUCUUUAUAAUAUAUUAUUAGGAUAAUGCUUAAGAUUACAAGGAAAAUAUAGAAGUGCUAUUAAAAUAUUCGAUAAAGUCCUUAAAAUUAAUUCUAAACACAUUUUAUCUUUAUCAGAAAAAGGUAAUUUAAUUCAAUAAGUUAAGGGGAAUGCCUACGAUAAAUUCAACUAUUUAAGGAUUCUUUAAAGUGUUUUGAUGAAGUCCUAUAAAUUGAUGAGUAUCAUUAUUUUUCACUAAUGA